AUGGAGUCAUCGUCGGCCGAUAAAGGCUUCUUUCAGAAGAAACCGGCGCUUCCGAAUCAGUUUUACGACGAUGUGUAUUUUCAACGAUGCUUUACUCUCUUUCUGCCGGCCGACAUAAGGUCCAAGCAUCAGGCCGAGGUGGCGGCCCUGGGACGUGACGUCCUCACCGAUCAAAUUUUCGCUUGGGUCACCGACGCUGAACGCAACAAACCCUACGUCAAAGGCGGCGGACGUGACAUCUUCGGGAAAUGGGUUGGCGAGCUCGUCUGCACCGAAGGGUGGAGGGAGCUGCAAAACUUUGGCAUAUCCAAGGGCGUCGUGGCGGCCGGCUACGACACCCCUCACGGGCCCUUUUCGCGACCGCUGCAGUUUCUUCGCACGCACCUGUGGACGGCCUCGUGCGCCAAUGUCGGUUGUCCGUCGGCCAUGCAGGACGGCGCGGCCGCACUCCUCCGAAAGCAUCUCCACGCGACGCAACCUUCGCCCAUGUCGCCGGAGCAGCGAAGAGUGCUGGAGGAUGCCUACGACCGUUUGACCUCCCGGGACCCCAACGUUGCCUGGACCAGCGGCCAGUGGAUGACGGAACGGCCUGGCGGUAGCGACGUGUCACGCACGGAAACGACGGCCGCGCGCGUGCCCAACGAGGGCGGGCUGGCGUCCAAGCAGCAGAAUUUGCCCCUCGGCCCGUGGAGCAUCAACGGCUUCAAGUGGUUCUCGAGCGCCACCGACUCUCGCAUGACGGUGCUUCUCGCUCAGACGGAAAAGGGCCUCUCGGCCUUCUUCGCCCCGAUGCGGAAGCACGAUCCGCUCGCCACCACCAUGACGGGCCAGUCACUGACCGACGGCGAAUGCCUCAACGGCGUGCAGAUUUCCCGCCUCAAGAGCAAGUCGGGCACGCAGUCUCUCCCGACCGCCGAGCUGGUCCUCGAGAACAUGCGCGGUUGGCUGCUCGGGCAGGAGGGCAAGGGCAUCCAGGAAGUCGCUUCCAUCCUGAACCUCACGAGGAUCCACUCGGCCAUCGGGGCCGUCGGAGGCAUCGGUCGUGGUUUGGGAGUCGUCAAGGCGUACACCCAAGUGCGCGAAAUCGGCGCCGGCAAGGGCAAGAGGAUCAGGCUCAUCGACAGCUCCCUGCACAUGCGGACUCUGGCCAAGAUGACGGCCGAGUACCACAGCCUCAUGCUCCUCACCUUCUUCGCCACCUACACCCUCGGCCUCGUCGAGCAUCCGGAGGGUGAGCGAGGGCCGACGCCCGCGCUCGCAGCCUUGGCGCCCCGGACCGCGCUGGCCGAGCCGCUCCUCCGGGUGCUGACCCAGGUGACCAAGGCCUACGUUUGCAAAGCCUCGGUACCCCUCAUGUUCGCCUGCAUGGAGGCCCUCGGCGGCGUCGGCUACCUCUGGAACGAGGAAGCCGAGUACAUGAACCUCUCGCGCAUCUUCCGCGACAUGUGCGUCGGGCCCAUCUGGGAGGGCACGACAGAUGUCCUGUGCACGGAUUUCGUGCGUGCGCUCAAGCAUCCCAAGGGCGGUGCGGACUCGCUUGAUGCGCUCGAGGAAGUCAUCAAGAAGGGCAGCGAAUUUCAGGCCAAGGCUGCGAAACCCAGCGGCUGGAACCCUCUGGAACGGUGGGCUGGCCUGCGAGCACACGUCGACGAAAGCUCUCAGGCGGACUUGAUGACCGAGGGAAGAGAGCUGCUCUGGGCCGUGGCCGAGAUUCUGGCCUCGGUGCUCCUGUACGUGGACGCUGCGACGGAUGGGAAUGCAGCGGCCGAAGACAUCUUCCGUCGCUUCCUCGACGGCAAGUUCGGGAUACCACGUCCGGGAGGGAGUCCGAUGGAGGAGCUGCAGAGGGACUUGGCCAUCGUCUACGGCACGGAUGGUCUCACGGCUUCCAAACUCUGA